GAUUCGUUUGCCACAGGAUCACUAAACUUGGCCACUUUAAUGGGAACAGAUAACGUUUCAGAGGUAAAGGAGAAGGGGGACAGGUCACCAUGGAAAGAUAUAAUCGAGGAUAUAAGUGUUUUGCAAUUGGUGUUGUCAUUUCUUUUUUUAGGAGUGGCUUGUCUACUAUUGAUGAUCUACCUGAUGUUCACCUCUCUGUGGAUUUUCCCCACUCUGUACUUCACCUGGCAGAUCUAUGAUUGGCACACACCUGAGAGAGGUGGCAGAAGAACAAAGUUUGUGAGAGGCUGGGAAGUAUGGAAACACUUGCGAGACUAUUUUCCUGUGAAGCUGGUAAAGACUGCUGAAUUAAAUCCCAAUAAGAACUAUAUUAUGGGCUGUCACCCGCACGGCAUCAUGUGUUUUGGAGCCUUCUCCUGCUUCAGCACAGACCGCAAUGGAUUUGCGGAAACCUUUCCUGGAAUACGGUCCACUCUUGCAAUCUUAGCCGGACUUUUCCGCCUUCCUCUCUUCAGGGAAUACAUUUUAGCUGCAGGAUUGCUGCCUGUCAGUAAGGCAAGUUUGGAUUAUUUGCUGAGCCAAACUGGUGUGGGUAACGCUGUGGUCAUCAUCAUUGGUGGAGCAGAGGAAUCACUGACCUCCUCUACAGGAGUAAACACUGUGGUCAUAAAACACAGGAAAGGCUUUGUACGACUGGCUCUUGAACACGGGGCAGACCUGGUUCCAGUGUACUCUUUUGGAGAGAACGAGCUGUUCCCGCAGGUGGUUCUGUCUGAGGGCAGUGUAGGUCGACGGCUGCAGGUUCUUUUUAAGCAGAUUAUGGGUUUUGCUCCAUGCAUCUUCACAGGAGGCCGGUGGCUUCUUCUGCCGUACAAACUUCCAGUCACCACUGUGGUGGGCUGCCCCAUAAACGUCCCUCUGGUGAAAAUUCCAACUCAGGAACAGGUGGAUCAUUACCACGGUUUAUACAUGGCAUCUCUGGCUGAUCUUUUCCACAAGCAUAAGACCAGCUAUGGACUGGCAGAGACGCACGAGCUGCACUUCAUUUAGCAGUGCUGGAAAGCACAAAGCCAUUUAAAAAGCUGACUGGGAUAUAAUGUGGGGCUGAUAUAGGAAAAGGACAAUGCACUUAUUUCUGUACUGUUCCAUGUGAAUGUUUUAACUUCUUGGUUCUCUGAAAUGAUUCACAAAGCACAAAAUGAACCAAAUGAAUACGGAGAUGGGCAUUUGUCUGUAACAAAACACUCAUCCUUAAGAAAGGCAAAAGGUUUGCUUACGGUUAUCUCAGCUUUGUUCUGUAAAUUUGCACUGAAAUUUUUACAACAUGUUAGUGUUUAUUAUAAAGGUUAUACAAAGACUUUUGAAGAAAAUCAUUUUUAAAAAUUGGUUUAAUAUAAAUGAUUUACAUAUGUAUUUUGUUAUGUCUAUUCAUGUGAAAGAUUAUAAAACCAGCACAUUUUUACAACUUCUAGUUAUUUAUUUGUUCCAGAACACAAAAUUGUCUAACAGCAUAAACAAUUAUGUACAUAUAUUAACAUACAAAUGUUUUAAGAAUAUUUACAAAACAAUGUUCAUAAACUCUAGUACUGGGUGCGUAGUGCUACCACCAUCCAACUUUUCUUUCUGCCAAGUGAAGUCAUUUACUCUGAAAAUACUUAAAUUGCAGUUUUUCACUCUGCUACUUUAAAUAUGUCAGAGCCAAAGCUUACUCGCCACUGAAAACUUCAACAGCUACUCAUUACUCUGCCAAAAGAUUUAUCCAUUUAAUACAAAUAUAUAAAAUUUCAACUGAAA